AUGGAGACAAUCACCAACCUUGCGAGCAACGCUGCCUCGACUGCCUCGAAGCUCAUCUACGGCGACCAGACUAAGGCCGACGAGACUGUCGACCAGACCAAGAACAACGAGACUGCCGGCAAGGAGCCUAUUUCGGGCGAGCAGGGCUUGGGUACUGCGACUCAGCCAUUCGACCAAGGCAAUGCUGCGACUCCUCUAGCAACUGCCGACAAGGGCACCUUUCUUGACUACACCAGUAAUGAACCGCUGGGCAAGGAGCCUCUGUCUGGGGAACUUGGCAAGGGUACCGUAACAGAGCCGUUCGACCAGGGCAACGAUGCCAAGGCGACCGAGCAGGCGACCGAGAAGACAUCCAGCUCAGAUGAGUUCCUGAAGCUCGACCCUGUCACAAAGGGACCGACCGAGACCGAGAUCCAGUCGACAGGAGACCCAAAAAUCUACUCGAACAGCCAGGACCCAUCCUACGCAGGCAUGCCCAUCGUACCCCUCAACCCCGACGCUGCUACUUCCAACACCGCUGCCACUCCGUCUGCGCCCACGACCACGGCCAUCACAGAUAAGGCUGGAGUGACUGAUAAGCUCUGGAAGGACACUCCGCUUGAUGACAUCACUCGUUCAGGCGCUCCAGGAGCUGGCCCUGUUGCUCCUACCGAUGUCACUCCUGCGGUUCCUGAUUCAGCUGCCACGACUACCAGCCUCGACCCCGCUAUCAAGACCUCCGCGCCCGACUCAGUGACAGCUUCUUCAGGCAUAUACUCUGGCUCGGAGCCCAAGACUUCCGGAGCUGGUGUCAUCGUAGACACCAAGACAGAGGCAGAGAAGGAAUCUGACAACCGGGAUACCCCGGAGUGGACAUCAACUGGUGUGCCCUCUGACAAGAGUAACUACGAGGCUGCUGCUGCUAAGCAGAACGCUGCCUCUCCUGGAGAGUCCAAGGGUUUGACUGAGCCGGCAGUUGGUCGCAAGUCCGAGUCCAACGACUUGGCAUCCUCCCCUAGCAACGAAGAGAAGGGCAGCAAGAUGUCACACCUCAAGGAGAAGAUGAAGAACAAGCUUCACAUUGGCAAGGACAAAUAA